GAAGCAACGUUACACAUGCUAGAUAUCAGAUGGGUCCUUCCCCCGACCGAGUACUAUCUCUGGCGCAGGGACGCACUAACACCUAGAGUGGAGCACCCACAGGGACACACAUCUCGAAGAACCAUCAUUACUGCACAAGGAUGCGUCAGGAUGAAACGCCACAGACAUCUAAGCACCAGUGACAGUUCAGACAAUGAGAGUCCUUCCACUUCCUUUUCUUCUUGUUCCAAAUACAGGAGUAAAUCAAAAACUCCAGCAAAUGAACAAAAGAAACCUGCUGAGGUGUUCCGGAAGGACCUCAUUAGUGCCAUGAAACUCCCAGACUCUCACCAUGUUAACCCUGAUGAAUAUUACCUCUUUGCGGACACAUGGAAACAAGAAUGGGAAAAGGGUGUUCAGGUCCCAGCCAGUCCCGACACGAUUCCACAGCCUUCUCUCAGGGUUGUAGCAGAAAAGGUGAAGGAAGUACUGUAUACGCGACCUAGGAAGUACAUCCAUUGUUCCAGCCAAGAGCCUACAGAACCUGGUUACAUCAAUAUUCUAGAACUGGCAGAAUCUGUGUGUCGCUAUGACUUGGAUGACAUGGAUAUCUUUUGGCUUCAAGAAUUAAAUGAGGAACUUACAGAAAUGGGAUGUGGGCCCCUUGAUGAGAACACAAUGGAGAAGACAGUAGAAGUCCUGGAACGGCAAUGUCAUGAGAAUAUGAACCAUGCUAUUGAAACUGAGGAAGGGCUGGGCAUAGAAUACGAUGAAAAUGUGAUCUGUGACGUGUGCCGGUCCCCUGACAGUGAAGAUGGGAAUGAUAUGGUGUUUUGUGACAAGUGUAAUGUUUGUGUCCAUCAGGCAUGUUACGGAAUCUUAAAGGUUCCCGAAGGCAGCUGGCUGUGUCGCACUUGUGUUCUGGGAAUACAUCCUCAGUGUCUCCUGUGUCCAAAGAGAGGAGGUGCCAUGAAAGCUACUAGGACAGGGACCAAGUGGGCACAUGUGAGCUGUGCCCUCUGGAUUCCAGAGGUUAGCAUUGCUUGCCCAGAAAGGAUGGAACCAAUCACAAAAGUGUCUCACAUUCCGCCAAGUCGAUGGGCUUUAGUCUGUAGCUUAUGCAAACUUAAAACUGGUGCUUGCAUUCAGUGCUCUGUGAAAAGCUGCAUCACUGCCUUUCAUGUCACCUGUGCCUUUGAGCAUAGCCUAGAGAUGAAGGCCAUUUUGGACGAUGGGGAUGAGGUCAAGUUCAAGUCGUACUGCCUAAAGCAUAGCAAAAACAAGCAGAAUUCGGUGCCUGACGUUGAUGAGAACCCCAAGAGCAUGGCAGACCAGAAGCAAACAGAGAGUGAGAAAACUAGUUUGCGUGCUCAGAAACUGAGAGAGCUGGAGGAGGAGUUCUACUCAUUAGUUAAAGUGGAAGACGUUGCAGCAGAACUGGGCCUUCCUAAAAUUGCUGUGGACUUCAUUUAUAAUUACUGGAAAUUAAAGCGGAAAAGUAACCUUAACAAACCAUUGUUUCCUCCCAAGGAGGAUGAAGAAAACGCCUUGGUGCAGCCAAAAGAAGACAGCAUUCAUACCCGCAUGAGGAUGUUCAUGCACUUGAGACAGGAUCUAGAAAGGGUAAGGAAUCUCUGCUACAUGGUGAGCAGAAGAGAGAAACUGAAAUUGUCCCACAGUAAAGUACACGAACAAGUCUUCAAUUUGCAAGUCCAGCUCAUUAAUCAGGAAAUUGCUGCAGGCCAUUCUCUGACAAGUGCACUAGAGAACACACUGUUCUACCCACCUCCCAGAAUCACCUUGAAAUUAAAAAUGCCCAAGUCAGCGCUGGGUGACUGCAGAAAUAACUCACUGAAAACUGGCAACAGACCCCUGUCUCCAGACAACACCACAGUUUACAACAAAAGGAAUGUGCAGAUGUCAAAGGAGUCAUUUGAAAUUAAAGCAAAAUCAUACUCUAGGUAUCAGCAUGACAACCGAAGUAAUGGGUUAUUGGUAGGGAUUGGCAAGACUAGGAAUGAAACAAAAGUUUCUGGACCUGCACAGUCACCAGAGUUUCAUCGUGGGCAGUCAUCUGGUAAACCAUUAGCACUUCAAGCUGCAUUGCAUGGGCAGUCUUCCAUUGGGAAUGGAAAAAUGCAGCAAGAGAACUCAAGACUUACAAAAUCCAAUGGUUUAAUGGGCAGGGCUGGAGAUGUAACUCAGAGAGACAGGUCCAGCCAGACACCAUAUGAACAAGAAUCUGUGCUCACUGCUCAUUUGGCUAGUCAAAGCAAUUUUAGAAAAUCUACAAUAGAACAUUUUAGCAGGUCCUUUAAAGAGGCUACCAACAGUUUGGUGAGGACCACAGAAGAUCUGAGGUGCUGUGAAAAGCCAACAAGGAGGCUUUCUACAAAAGAACGUUUGUGGAGUAAACAGACUCUUGAAUUCCAGACAGGAGGCGCUCCAUACCAGGAUAAUGACGGGUAUUGCCCUGAUUUGGAGCUAAGUGACUCUGAAGCGGAAAGUGAUGAGAAUAAAGAACAAGUCAGAUUAAGGAGAAGCAGCUCAGAGAGAGAAAGCCAAAGUAAGGACUUUGGUAGAGAUUGUCACAAUAGAAACAAAAAAAAUAUUAUUUCUCACAGUUCAGUACAAAGGUGAUUAUAAACCCUAAGGGGUAACUCAGCCUUUACAUAAUCCAGUGUAUCGGUGCAAACCUAGGCAUCAGAGGGUUUCAGAAAACAGUGCAGGACCUACAUUAGGAAGAAAUGCAGUGAAAAAGAAGAGAGAGUAGUUUUCAGUAGUGAAUUGGCCUGCGAUUUUAAAGGGAUAGUCAAGGUUGUGUAGAAAUCAAUAUGAUUUAUUACAGGUUAACAUCUGGGAGAGUAUGGAGCUGUUAAUCUUUGCAUAACUCCAGGAGCUGCUUCCUUUUUACCUGCCUUUUGUGUAAGGCAUUGUUAAAAAUGUCAAUUUUGUGCUGCUGGACCAGGUAUUAAAGGAAUCCUUGCAUUGCUCUGUAA